GGAGCGCGGCCGCGGCGCGAUGGAGGCGCUGCGGCGGCCGGCGCUGCCCGAGGACGCGGUGCGCUACCGCCUGUUCGCGGCGGCGGCGGCGGGCCCGGGCGGCGAGGCGCUGCUGCGGCGCUGCGCUGAGCUGGCCCUGCUGCGCUUCGCCCCGCUCCUGGCCGCCUACGUGUGGCAGCGGCAGCCGUUCCGCCUGCGCUACGUGCCGCGCCGCGGCGAGACCCCGGCGCACAUCGGCGGCACCACCGUGUUCGGGGAUAACGUGGAGGAUGAGUGGUUCAUUGUGUACCUGCUCCGGGAGAUCACCAGGGAGUUCCCGGGGCUGGCAGCCAGGAUUGAUGACAACGAUGGAGAGUUUCUUUUGAUAGAAGCUGCUGAUUUUCUCCCAAAGUGGCUGAAUCCUGAGAACAGUGAAAACAGGGUGAGUAAAACUUGUAUACAAUUGGCAAGGGGGCCACAGUAUGUGUACCUGGACUGUCAGGCUCAUAUUUUCAUUUUGUUUGAGAGAACAGACAGAGUGAGGGAGUUGAGAACGUUGUAUCCCGAGCGGAUCCAGGCCUCGCUGCACCGAGCCCGCUGCUUCCUCCCGGCCGGAAUCGUGGCCGUGCUGAGGCUGCGCCCGUCCCUGGUGGCUGCGGCAGUCCAGGCCUUCUACCUGCGGGAUGCGGGCGAUUUACGGGCCUGUCGGCGCCCCUUCAGAGCCUUCCCUGCCGAGCAGCGAGUGAUGGCCCUGGUGACUUUCACUCGGUGUUUAUAUGCGCAGCUGGCGCAGCAGAAGUUUGUUCCAGACAGACGCAGUGGAUACACCCUGCCUGCCCCAUCUCAUCCUCAGUACAGAGCCCACGAGCUGGGCAUGAAGCUGGCUCAUGGCUUCGAAAUUUUGUGCUCCAAGAGCAGUAAAGUAGCUCCUGAUGCCAAGAGAAGCGUGUUAAGCAGUCCUCUGUGGGAGAGAUUCCUCAGGAGCUUGAAGGAGAAAGAUUAUUUCAAGGGAGAAAUGGAAGGAUCAGCGAAGUACCUGGAGCUGUUGCACAUGGCAGAAGAUCACUUCCAGCGAUUUGUUUCCGUGCCAGAAGACUCUGAUGAAGUGAGCCCAGGUGAUGAAAUCCUGACACUGCUACAGACAACAUCCAUUGAUCUGAAGGAAUUUGAGAGAGAAGCAGCUAGUCUUCCUCCAGAGGAUGAUGACAGCUGGCUGGAUAUUGCACCAGAUGCUCUGGAUCAGAUGCUGCAGGAGGCAAGAAAGGAGUCCCUUCCUUCCACAAAUGAGGAAGAGCAAAAAUAUGACUUGGAAACAGUUGCUGAGAGCAUGAAGGCUUUUGUGUCCAAAGUCUCCACGCACGAAGGAGCAGAAAUGCCAUGGUCAUCUGAUGAAUCCCAUGUUACCUUUGAUGUGGAUUCUUUUACAAAAGCACUGGACAAAAUUUUAGGGGCGGACUCGGAGGAGCUGGAUUCUGAUGAUCUGGAUGAAGAGGAGGAGUUUGGUUUCUCAGAUGGGGAUGAUGCAGACCUGACUGCUGGGGAUCAAAGGCAGGAGCAGAAGGUGUCUCCUGAGGAGCUCGUGGGCAGUCUCAAGGCGUACAUGAAGGAGAUGGACCAUGAGCUGGCCCAGACCAACGUUGGGAAAAGUUUCGCCACCCAAAAGAGAGGGGCGAGUUCUGUUGAAGCAGCCCCGUCUGAGAGUGCUGGCCCUGACUGUGGAGCUGAGGAUGCUGAGCUGGCCCCCGUGGAUGUGGACAUGAACCUGGUGGCAAACCUGCUUGAGUCCUACAGUGCCCAGGCUGGCCUGGCAGGACCCACCUCGAACAUUUUACAGAGCCUGGGGGUGAAUUUCCCUGAGAACACAGAGCUCACUGGCAGCUGAGCCAUGCAGGGAGAGGCUUUGGACAAGACAUGGCUGUGGGGAGAUGAAGCACAGACAGACGGGCAGGAUGUGGAAGAAGAGGCCAAAGGUUUUAAUUUAGAGCAUUCUGUUCAUUAUGUGUCACUUCAGCAAAGUGAAUUUACCUGCAAAAGCUUUCUGACUGGACACUGUCUUGGAUGGAAAUGAGAUUUUCCCAGUGCUAACACAAUUUCAGAAAACUGAAAAAUUAUGUUGAAUGAAUUACUCAAAUGAGGUUGUCUUUUAUUACAAAACCUCUCUUCCAUUUUUCCAAUCAGUGAUCCAAUUUGCCACAUUUCUAAAAUGUCCUUUUACCCAUUGCUGAGUGGGUUCAAUAUCUGGGAAGCAGUUCCUGUUCUGAAAAUGCUGCUGCCUUCGGGGGGAGGUGGUGAAAUACCACAUUGUAGGAAGAAUCUCGUGGAUUUGGGAACGUUGGUGAAAUGUUGGGCAGACAUUUAAUCCUUCCCAAGAGCAUGAUGCUGCAUUGUAAGAACUUCUGACAAUUACUGUAAGAGCCUGCUCCUUAUUAAGCACAAGGUUUUGAACAGUAGUUGGAUCAAAUGCAUAAAUACUGGCCAGAAGCAUUUUUAAAAUUUAUUUCAGUAAAAACAGAAAUACAGCUUGAUUACUUAAGUUUUUUGAAGGUCUGCAUAGCUUCCUCAGUGCAGUAUCAGUUCUUGGAGUGAAAGCUUUUUCAUCAUUGAUCAUUUUCUGAAUGAAUUCCAUUAUUGCUGAAUGUUGGUGUCAUGCCAGCAGUAGCUGUGUGUGAGUCCAGGCUGAGCAGUUUGGGUUUUUUUGAGUGAAAAUGUGGCUAGAAGGCAUGUAGCAUGUUGCUUUCAUGAAUGAAAAAUGUAUUUUAAAUAUGACAACUUUAAUUUCAACAAGAUACAUUUGAAAUUAAAUACAUCGUGAUUCUUGAUACACAGACAGCA